UGACAACAUACAAUAUGACCGUGAUGAUGGAGAUUUUUAAAGAAAUAUAAUAGAAGAGUCCUUGGAAAGUAAUUUUAUUAUAAAAGAGAAAAAUCAAUGAACAAUAUACGUCGUAAUCAAUUCAGUUAUUAUGUUGGGAGAAGGGCUGGCCGCUAGCGAUGGAUAGCACGUCGCUGAACCAAUACGAAGAGCGCCUCUAUUCAGUUUUCAAGACAUUCGACGUCGACAACGAGGAGGCGCUAAACAAGGCCGCCGUAUUACAGUUGUGUGACGCGUUACAGUUGGAGCAGCGCGGCGCCGCGCUCGUGGACACGCUGUUCGAGCGACGCGACCAGCGCGUCACAUUCGCGCAGUUCCGCAGCGGCCUCCUGGCUGUGCUGGGUGACCCGCCACCGCCGUCGCCGCCCCUGCGGCCCGAAACACCGCCGCCGCCCAGUGACGACGACUCGUCCGGCCGCGAGGUCGCGCCUAAGUUCGUGUUCGGCUCCAAGAAGUACGGUCGCCGCUCGCGCCCAACCCGAGUCGCAGCCGCGCCCGCCCCUGCACCGCCGCCGGCCGAGCCGCCGCCCGUCGCGCCCGUGCCCGCUGCACUCGACCUCGAUCACGAGAGCCGCGUCGACUGCGACGGCGCGCUGCGACUGUGCAGGCGGCUUCACAUGGACGGUAUCGACCGUCGCCUCGUCGAGCGGAUCUUCGAGAGUUCUUCGACGGCCGAGACGACCGUCGGCGAGUUUUUCGACAGGCUCAAUGCGUCUCUCACGUCGUCGAUCGGCGACGGCAUCGCCGAAGACGCGGGCGCCGCCGCGACGGGUGACGUGGAGGCCGCGCUUCCCGCCGCACUCGUGGUCGAGGAGUGGGAGCGCGUCGGAGUGCCUGACCCGCGCCGCCUACUCGCCGAGCUCGGCUUCGACGCCGCAGCUCUGGUCGCCGCCGAGCUCAACCGCGCCCUCGACGACGAGUUGCGCGCUCUCGCCGAACCGCCGGACGCCCGGACCUCGUUGACGACUGCCGCCCUCGCGCUCGCGCGCCUCCGCCUCGAGCGCGUUCGCCGCGCCGGCGACGUCGCCGCCGCCGAGCGCGACCGAAUGCGGCUCGACGUCGACGAGGCGAACCGGCGCGCGCGGAUCCUCGCCCAGGAGGUCGACGAGAACCACGCGCGGCUCGAGGCUGAGCUGACGGCGACCCUGCGGCGGACGGAGGUGCGUCACGCGGAGGCGGCGCGCUUCGUCGAGCGCGAGCGGCUCGCCGAGCGGGAGCGCGCCGCCGCCGAGCGCGCCGAGCUGGAGGCGGAGCUGGCGCGCCGUGCCGACGCCGAGCAGCGGCUGCGCGCCGAGGCGGACGUGCUGCGCGAGCGCCUGCGGGCCGGGGAGGCGCGCGCCGCGGCCGCCGAGGCCCGCGCGGCCGCGGCCGAGCGCGAGGGCGCGCGCCUGGCGGCCGCCGCGCAGGCCGCGGAGGCGCGUGCGGGCGGCGCGCAGGGCGCGGCGGCGCAGGCGGGCGCGGCGCUGGCGGCGGCCGCCGACGAGCUGCGGCGCGACAACGCGCGGCUGCGGGACCGCUGCGACGAGCUGGCCGCGCAGCUGGAGGCGCGCGCGCGCCCGCGCCCGCCCGCGGCCGCGCCGCACACGUGGCACGAGGAGGCCGGCGCCGCGCCCGUCGUCGUCACCGUCGUCGCUCCGUCGGUGGCCGAAGGUGGCGAGUCGCCCCCGGUCAGUCUCGACCUGGUGCCGCUCCCGGCGACGACCGAAAGGCCGGCGAGCGCGGGGGAGCCCGAUGCGCGUGAAGAGCUCGCCGCGCUGCGCGCCCGCCUAGAGGAGGCCGACGCCAGGCACCGCGACGAAAAGAUUAGACUAGAGGAUCUGGUCAAGGAGCUGGAAACGAGUCUCGAGCAGAUGCGCGUCGAGUACGAGCGCUGCGAAGAGUAUUGGAGCGGCAAGCUGGAGGACGAGCGCGAGCUUCUGGCGGAGGAACAGCGCGCGGGCGACGAGCGGCUGGCCGAGCUGGUGGCCAAGGUAGCGGAGUACGAACGCCAAUACGCGGGCGCGCGCCUGCCGCCCAUCCCGGAGGCGCCGGCGCUGGAGCGCCAGGCCGCCGAGCUGGAGGCUGAGCUGGCGCGCGCGCGCCGCCGCCACGCCGACCUGCAGCGCCGCGACGCCGAUCUUCAGCGCCGUGACGCCGAACUGCAGCGCCGCGACGCCGAGCUGCAGCGCCGCGAAGCCGAGCUGCAGUGCCGCCACCAGGAGCUGCAGCGGCGCCGGGACGACGCCCAGCGCCGCGAGCGCGACCUCGCGCGCCUCGCCGCCGGCCUCGACACGCUUCGACGCGUUGCGGUGAGUACUCUGUCUUCCGAGGGUGGGAGGCGACCGGCGAGCCCGCCACUGACCGGCGUGUGGUUGCAGGGCCGCGGCGCGGGCGGCGACGGGGCGGGCCCCGAGGUGCGC